GUGGGCCCUAAGAUAACUUACGAAUUGUGACGUCACAAUACACUUUACUGUGCUACUGUCAAUGACGUCACAAAGGUUUGACGUCAAAGCAUAGAUACUUUGACACUAUUAAUGUUUACAUGCAAUGUACGACUAGUUAUGUAACGAGCUGGUUAUUAGGUAAAUUUCCGCUGGACUGGGACUACAGAGACAAUCCCGGGAGACAAGGAAUCCAUCCAUACCAGUGUGGUUAAUUACUGUUAGAAAAUGGCAAAUGUCUUCACGAAGAGAACGCGAAAACCACGCAGUACAACUCUAUCUGAUUACGGUGGUUUCGAAACCACUAAACCGCGCUAUCUCCCAAGGAUUAUGUCUCCCACGAGGGUGGCUAACCCCCACCCCCCGGGCCUAAGAUACCAGCUUAUUAGUCAGGAAAAGCCGUCGUAUGGUAUUUGGCAUCCUGAUUUCAACAAGAUAUCCAGGAGGAUUCCGGCCAUGGUGGAUCACCUACGAUGGGUGAACUUCAGCUGUGGACCCCUUAUACGUCACGUCAACGAAUUAGGCAAGGCUCCCGCUGUCGUAUACACGGAGACAACAACUUCCCGAGUCAGCUACCGCAACCCAAACCGCUUCCCCGAGAUCCAGGCCCCGAAAGCUUCAAGGUUCAGCCACACUCCACCUGGAGGUCCAGCCACAGGCAUUGUACCGAACCUGAUCCUGUCCAGUUAUCAGCCGGUGAAGGACCCGGAAUAGGUCGCGUCCAACUGGAGUAAUCAUUAAAAGUGACCUGCCAAACCAGAA